AAAUUCUCACCCUAAUUUGACCGGAGUCCACUCUUUCAUGUUUCCUUCCUCUCUUUCGUCAGAGCUCUCUCUCUCUCUCUCUCUCUCUACUGAUACAUACAUUACAUAAACCUUUAUUUGAGAUUUGUGCACCUCUGUUGUCAAUCUCUACUGUCAGUGCGAAUCUACAAGUCAACAAGUUUUAUUAACACUCCAGAGAUGGAGCUAAAUUAUUUGCUUCUGCUGCGUCUUUCUUGGACCCUAAUCCUGAUUGUCUGUGCCACUACCAAUUUGGAGGUAAAAGCAACUGCAAAUACUGGUUUAGAUCCAAAAAAUCCCUUAACUUUGAACAAAAAUAACAAAUCAGAUGAGAAAACUGGUAGGUUGGAGACAGAUGUGGAUUAUAAGAAAGUUGACCAAGUAAAGAAUGACAAAGCUCAAGUGGGUGGAUCAAAAGAGGCUAUUCAGAAUAAUGAGUUGAAUGAUCAAAAUUCAAUUGAAAAAAAACAAAAUGGAUCAAAAGAAGAUCAAAGUGAGAAAAAGGGUGAGGAUGGUUCUGUGGUGGAGGGUGACAAGAGAGAGAAAUCGGGGCCGACCAAAGAGGUACCGGUGAAGGAGCGCUCUCGCGGCGAAGAAUGUGAUGUAUCUAAAAGCUGCAAGGAUGAUAAGAACAAGCUGGUAGCAUGUUUGAGAGUUCCAGGAAAUGAUUCUCCAGAGCUUUCACUUCUGAUUCAGAAUAAAGGAAACAACCCUCUCAGUGUUACAAUUUCUGCUCCUGAUUUUGUUGUGCUAGAGAAAACAAAAAUUCAACUCCUAGAGAAAGAAGACAUAAAGGUAUAUCAUUCAUGUAAACAACAUUAUAGAACAUUGAUUAAUUGCUAGACUCCAUGUCUAGUCCAGCCUGGUCACUUAUAGAACCUUUUGAAGGAAUUUUCCUUCAUAGAACAUUCAAAUUGUUUAAUGCUCUUAAAUAUGAUUUUAAUGGUUUUUACCUACUUUUUGUUUUCUAAAUAUGUGUUCUACCAAGAUGGAUAUCUAUUAAUUUAUUGUUUUCCAUGUACAUAUUUGUCAUUUAUUCACAUUCUAAAGAAAUAAAUUUCAGUAAGAAAAAAGGGCACUAGAACCUAUAUAUGUAAUAAGAACAUAUCUAGGUUCAUUUAAGAAUGCCACACCUUUGUAGGUUGCAUAUAUAGAAACAAGAACAAGACAUCCAUAAUGUGUAGUUGAUUAGUUGUUCUAUUAAUAUCCCAUGUCAUUUAUCGUUGUCACUAGCAUCCACUCAUAUCAUUAUGGGUUUCUGUUAGUUUUGGACACUUUUGAUGUAACAUUUCUUUAUGUCGACGUGAAUGGAGGUCACCAUGUAUCAAUUUGUGGGUCUGCUGCUUGAUUUCUUUUUAUUGAGGGAAAGAACAAAAGACCUGUAUGCUUAGGCAUAGAAAGUAUUUGCUCCUAGGAAAAACUCUCUAGUACAUCCUUUUUCCUUUUCUUCUUGCUCUGGGUUCCUUCAAAUUUAGAGAGCAUUUAGCUCAAAGAAUAAUGCUUUUGAUGAACUAGGAAGCAUGGAUAUGGAUAUGUUACGAUACGGAUAUGAUACGCUAAAAUCUGAAAAAAGUAGGGUUACGGAGGGAAUACGUUCGUAAAAAAAAUUAUUAUUUUUUUAUAAUUUUAAUAAUGUAAUAUGCAUGAAAAUAAAACCUAAAACAAAUUAAUAAAUUAAGUGUGGGAUAAGAUUAAAACACAAGAGAGGAAACCAAAAAAAAAGUGAAAAGAAAAUUAAAUAAAGCAGCCUAAUAGUAAGGGGAAAAAAAAAAGAAUAAGAUCGAUAGAGAAGAAACGUGAGAGAGCAAGAGAGGAGUGAGAGAGGCAAAUAGACGGAACGAUGAGAGCGAGAGACAGAGAGAAGAGUGAGAGAGAUAGAGAAAGAGAAAACAAGAGAGAGAGAGAGAGAGAGAGAGAGAGAGGCUGUUGUUGUCACUAUGGUUGAUCAAGAAGAAGGAACCAGAUUUUUGCUUCAAUACUUCUGCUAUUUGUCAAUCGAGACAGAAGGAACGAGCUUUGAUUUGUCAAUUUGAGCUUAGGGUUUUUCUUCUCACUGUUUUUGUUGAAUUUAGUUCAUGCGUGUAUGUCAAUUUGAGGAUCUGAUUUUAUUUCAAUUUAACUUCUUUUAUUUAUGGUUUAACCCACAAAAAAGUUUUCAAAUUAUGUUUUCUACCCUGUCAUAUCCCAAAAGUAUGCGGAACGUAUCUCCCAUGUAUCCAUGUGUAUCCGAACCGUAUCUAAAAUUUAAAAAAAAGAAAAAAAAGGGAUACUUUCUGGCCGUAUCCCGGCGUAUCAGACACGUAUACGUUUCCGAUACUCGUAUGCAACCUAUUUUGGAGUAUUUGUGUUUCAUAGUUGAUGAAUUGUUGAGUUCAAUAGUCUGGAUAAGUUUUGAAUUCUGACAUAGCAUAUCAAUAAAUAGCACAACAGGAUUCAAUAUGCCAUGCCAUGAAAAGAAAUGUGAUUUUGAUAACAUUCCACUCCAAGCAAGUUCAGUUUUUGUUUUAGUGACGAUGAGUGUUGUCACUCUUGAAGUCGUUGUGGAAGGUGAGCUGUUAAAAGGAUUGUCUCCAUAGGCAGAGAAUUGUGUUAAAGGUUGAGAGAAAAUGGGUAGGUUAAGAAAUGGUUGGGCAGAGAAAUGUGAAAAUAAAUCGGGAGGUGUCACAGCGAGUGGUUUCUGAGUUUGGAGGGAAUGAAUUACUUUUGCCAGACACACACCUCCCUGUUCUCUCUUCCUGAGGCACUGUACAUAUUUUAAGGGGAAAUACUUUUGCCAACACCAAGAUUGUUAAUUGGUUCUGCUGGCCACAUAACAUUAUCAACUAAUUCGCUAAUGGGUGACAGAAAUUUUAUUUAAUUAAAGAAGAAUGGAGGUCAAUGUCUGUGCUGAGACUAAUACUGUCUAUAAGGAAUGUUUAUUUUGCACAUUAAUAUACUUUGUCAAGGCCCUUGAUAGCUUUAUUUAUGUCCUCAUCUGGCUGACUUGUGUUUUGGACUUGCAAUAGUGUUUCUUGUUGUUUGCCCUGGUUGUAGGACAAUGAUUAUUUUUCCCCUUUUUUGGUUCAAGUUGGAAAUUGAUUGUUGAGUAAGGAUAUGAAGGCUUCCUUUGCAUCUGGAGACACAUACUGACGCAAACUGUCAAAUUUAUGGCCCAUCUCUUAUCAUAAAGGGCAAAUUACACGGGUAGUCCUUGCAUUUUGCUGCUUGUGUUAUUUUGCUCUCUAGACUUUUAGUUGACACGGUUUUGACCCUUAAUUUUGAACUUUGUGUCAUUUUGGCCCAAUUGAUAACGUCGGUUAGAGUUUUUGAUAGAAAUAGUCAGCCAAUUUGGUCUAAUUGAUAAUGCUAGUAUAAUUUUCCCUAAGAUACAUGUUGCCAAACAGCAGAAAUAGGACCCCUGGUGAUGUAGGACAUGGAUGAAUUUUGAAAAUAGAGGUUAUUUGACAGCCUUAACAGUGAGUAAUUUAGGGUUUAAAGGGUUAAAUUGAAGGCUAAUAGGUAG